UUUCAUUCAAUUUUCUACCGUGUGGAUGUGUGUGUGUGUGCCGAGAGCGUCGUAACUACGAAAGGGAGACGAGAGGGUGAUCGCUCUGAUAAUACACAAAACUCUGUUCACGUGUUCACGUAUUUGUGAUUGUUUAUCACUAUUACAGUUGAACCAAAUGAUAUACAGAAUGUCGUCAUAAAUGUGUUCUGAUACAAAAAUAAAAAAAGUUUAAUCGAAUUGUUUAACUAUCUCAGCAAAAUGUCGAUUGAAAUAGAAACAAGCUUGCUUGUUAUAGUGCUGGAUGUGAAUCCGAUACAACGAAUAGUUAAACAAGAAACGAGAAUACUGUCGCAGUGUCUGGAUUCCACCAUCAUUUUCGCGAAUGCUCAUCUCAUGCAAUCGUCCAACAAUCAAUUGGCUAUAAUGGCUUGUCACGGACACAAUGCCAGAUUUCUCUAUCCGUGUGAGAACAUGGCAGAAAUAAGACAAAUAGACGGUCAAUAUGAAAAGUUCACAAUGGUAGAACGCACGGUGCGCCAGCGGUUACAACAAGUUGUAUAUGACAUUCCCAUGGAUGUUCCAUUGAACACGGAGAGUCUUAUUUCUGGCGCGCUUAGUAUGGCAUUGUGUUACAUCAGUCGAUUAGAUCGCGACAAGAUCGCAGGCCAGAAGCUACAUCCCAGAAUACUGGUGAUCACGGCUAGUAAUGAUUCGGCCACACAGUACAUGAACUAUAUGAACAUAUUCUUCACCGCUCAGAGAAUGAAUGUUAUACUGGAUGUAUGCAGUUUAGAUCAAGAGCUGACUCUCCUGCAACAGGGUUGCGACAUUACUGGCGGCAAUUAUCUGAAAGUACCGCAACUUGCUGGAUUGUUGCAGUAUUUAUUGUGGGUCUUUCUGCCAGACCCGAGUGUCAGAUCAAAAUUAGUACUUCCGCCACCGGUGAAAGUGGACUAUAGAGCGGCGUGCUUCUGUCAUCAGGAACUUAUCGACAUUGGAUAUGUUUGUUCUAUAUGUUUAUCAAUUUUCUGUAAAUUUAGUCCAAUAUGCACAACUUGUCUCACGGUGUUCAAGCCAGGACCCAUACCAAUGAAGAAGAAGAAAAAAAGAACGUAACGGUAUCUAAUAUUAAUUUCACGAAAUAUUUCUCAUACGGGUAUACACAUAUGUAUUAUUAAUUCUGUAAUUAAAUCACACAAGUAAAAAACAAAAAAAAAAUUGUUCUCACACGUAAACGGAAGAAACACAAAUAUAUAUUUGUAUACGAAAUUUAUGCUUUAUUUGUAAUGUAAACUAUUUAAGAUUAAACUUAUAGUGACGACAA